AUGAAUAAUCAUAGUGAUGACGGAUGGAGUCAUGAAGAGAAUAAGUUAUUGGAGGAUUUACUUGAACCCCAGAUUGAUGAUGGAUGGACAUCCGAAGAUAACAAGUUAGUCGGGGACUUGCUGGAGGAUCUAGAGGUCAUUGAGUCAUCGAAUAAUGGCUCCAGAGAUAUUGUAAAGGAGGAUAAUGGUGGUCCAUCGAAGAAAAGAAGGGUGACAAAAAAGCCGAGGGCAAAGCCAAUUCCAUGGACUGAAGAUGAACACAAGUUGUUCUUACUAGGGCUUCAGCGGUUUGGAAAAGGGAAAUGGAAAGCCAUAUCAAAUAACUAUGUGCAUACCAAAACUCCAAGUCAAAUUGCUAGUCAUGCCCAAAAAUUUAAUAAGCGCAUUGACAAUUCUACACCUCUGGAAAAACGCAGGCGAAGUAUCAAUGAUAUCUGGUUUGUGGAAGAAGACUUUGAUUUCUCAACCUACAAUCAACCAAGUUCUAUAAAUCCCCCGCCAAAUGUCCAACAAAAUUAUGCUCCUCGUACUAUUCAACCUCAAGUUCUUAAUAAUAUAAAUCCUCAAAUAAUUGUGUCUCAGAAUUUCAUUCCUCCGAAUUCUCAGCAUGUGGCUUACAACCAGCCAAAUUUUAUAAGUCCCCAACCAAUCAUGCCUCAAAACUAUGUUCCUCAUACUAUUCAACAUCCGGUACUUCACAACAUAAGUCCUCAACCAAUCAUGUCUCAGAAUUUCGGUCCUCCUAAUUUUCAAUAUUUGGCUCAGAAUCAAAUGCAACAAACUAUCAUGUUCCCUGAAAACGACUACUAG